ACCCCUCUGUUAGUGUGGAAUGGUCUCGCCUGUUUGUCCACCGAGCCAGCUGGGACUCGACGGAUCUUUAAAGCGCAGAACGGAAAAGCACGAGUCCUCCCUUCGCACCUCAGACAGUUCUAGCCUCGGUCCCUCUUUUCCGGACAUUUCGAAUGAGCCUUGGCAACAGCAACUAUUUAGAAAGUCAAAAAUGAAUGUGCCCUUAUUCACAAACAGUUACACUGUUAAAUACUUGGAAAAAGCACAGGUUGAACUAAGCUAUAACCCAAGAUGCCUCUAAAUGAUGAGCGACCCACCUCCACAUCCAGCGGUGAGGACCAAGGCAGUGAUGUGGAGUCAUCGUCAGAACGCUGCGACAGCAUGACGUCUACCGGCUACCCGGACUGCUCCCGUGAAAGCUUCACCAGCGACGGCUCCAGCAAGCAUAGCACGCCAUCCUCGAGUCCACCCAAAACCUUAACCAUGGAUGAAGUCAUGGAUUCUGCCAGUGACCUCUUCAAACUCAGCCUCGCCCAUGAGAUCACUGUGAACCGCAACUUCCAUCUAGAGCCAGUCAGCCUACCUCAGGACAGUUUAUGGAAAAUGGUUUCAGACAAUGUCCACAAAGCUUUCUGGGACAUCCUGGAGGCAGAGCUGAACGAUGACCCGCCUGAGUAUGGCCACGCUAUCAAACUGUUGGAGGAGAUCCGAGAGAUCUUACUGUCAUUCCUCAACCCGGGUGCCAAUCGAAUGAGGACUCAGAUCCUGGAGGUGCUGGACAUAGACCUGAUUCGUAAGCAGGCCGACAACAAUGCUGUGGACAUCCAGGGACUUGCCUCUUACAUUAUGACCACCAUGGGCAAGAUGUGUGCACCGGUCAGGGAUGAGGAGAUUAAGAAUCUGCGGGAAAGCUCAGAUAACGUCGUGACACUGUUCAGGCAAAUUUUCCGUGUACUGGACUUGAUGAAGGCGGAUAUGGUCAACUUUAGAAUUGAUAAUCUGCGACCGGUGCUGCAGAGACAGAGCGUUGAAUAUGAGAGGGCAACGUUCCAGAGCAUCCUGGAAAAAACACCCAAUGCUCUGGACCACACCACCUCCUGGAUUAAGUCCGUACUGGAGGAGCUGCAGUCUGCCACAGAGCAGAGUCGGGGGAAAGAGCGAGCUGUGCCGGGGCCUUUCCAGAUCCUCAAUGCUGCCCUCCUCCAUAUCCUCAUGUGGGACUACAGUAAGAGUCCACUGCCUGAGACGUGGAUUACAGAUGAGGUACGUUUGCAAGAGAUUCAAUGGAAGCUCCAGCAGUGUCAGGUGGUGAACGAGGUGCUGCUCAUUGUGCACAGCACAAUCGGUGGACCGAUCCAGAGUUUACCCUCCCUGUCCGACCGCCUGAAGAGGAUGACCAGUGUGUUGCUGGAAGGCAUGCACAGGCCGGGCUUUAACCUAAAAGAGGCACUAGAGAGCGUCAGUGCUCAGAUCUGCUGUGAGCUCAACAAGUCUCUUACAGAGAGGAACUACCCUGCACUGACCCCGGCGUUGCAGGCCACUCUCGCAGGCCAGAUCUGCAGCAUCACUCAGAAGGACAAUCCCAUCCGAACUCUAGUUGAGGAUCGUGUGCAGCAGUACUUCAUGAUGCUCAUCUGCAAUCCUAAACCACAAGCCAAACUUGAACAGGUACCAGCUGGCUUGACUUCCAUAAAGCCAGAACUCGCAUUGAUGGGAGCAAAGUUCAUCACCCUGAUCAACUAUAACAAGAGCGUCUAUGGACCUUUCUACGCGGAUAUCAUCAGGAAGGUGAUGUUCAGCGGGAGCCCACCAGCAGCAAACUCUCCUCAGAGCACGGCUCAGGACGCCGUCGCCUCCGAUUAAAACCAAACAUUGGCUCAAGGAGUCUUGUAGCUACUUGAUAUAGCUGAAGCUAAGGAGGUACCACAGCUGCACAGUACUACUGCUUUGCUCAGCCAGUGUUCUCCAAUAGUUGGAGUUACCUUCAGUGUAUUACAAAUGUAGUAUUUAUCGCUACAUUGAGCAGUGAAGGCACUGCAGUGUAGGCUCCAUUAGGUCAACAUUUAAUGUGAACCUACAUCCUUUGUGAUCAAUGUUCUAAUAUAGGCUUUCCUAUGAGCAUCCACAGCUUAUACCAGACAAUGAUUCAUAUCUGAACCAGAGAGAACCUGCAUUGUGAGUUUGUCAGUAGACCAUAAACUGUAUAUAAAGAUGGACGAAAUGGCAGCCCCAAACAUAGUAACUGCAGUAUAAGUCAUAAUCCCUGCCUCCUCCAUGUUAGCAGAUGUGACAUUGACCAAACUAAAAAGUCUACAUACACGACAAGUUUCUUAGGAUCAAUUUUUCUUUAUUUGGUUCUGUGAAAACAGGCUGAAAUUUAAGGAUUGUCAGCUAUGACUGACUCACGAUUGUUCGAGCGUGUGCAGCAGCGGGACCUCACGACAUCCCCUGAUGCUCCCUCUGGCUCAAAAUGAUGUCAUUGGUGCAAAAUGGCAGCGUUCAUAUCUGCAGUAUUUUGGUUUCAUAUCUGGUUAGUGGGAUGAUGUGGAGACGUGUCGUCCAUCUUUAUUUACAGUCUAUGCCAUUGUCAGUUUCCUGCUUUGUCAGAGGGAAAAAAGGGUAAAACCUUUGUAUGUCUGAGACAUACAAUAAGCUUUAUGCAGCAAAGAUGAAUAAAAUUCAAGCAUAUAUAUAUAUAUAUAUAUAUAUAUAUAUAUAUAUAUAUAUAUAUAUGUAUGUAUGUGUAUAUAUCUUAAAAAUUAGCAGAGUAGCAUUUACCUAUGGUUAACUAUGACCGCCAUUAAACAUACCAAUGCAAAUCAUGAGGUAGCCCUUUUUCCAUUGAAUUAGAUUUUGAUCGUUCUCCCUUUUUUAACCAGCCACAGAACUAAAUAUUUCUCUGUUUGUAAUCCACUGAUAUUAUGCUACACAAGUAAUUUAGAUCUAGAAAUGGAUAUUUGACUUUUCAAAUAAGCAGUUGUCUGCAUGAGUAGCUUUUUGUUUGGAUUUUGUCCUUUUAGUUUUUGCUUGCGAGUGUUUGUCAUAUGUUUUAAUGUUCUACUCUUUUACUUGCAUUCUGAUGGUGGAAUACUUGUUAUAUUGAUGUAGUUGCAAUUAUUGUUACAUUUUGAGGUACCGUCGUUUUUACAGUAUUGUUAUGUUGGCUGUUGAGGCUGAAUUGGUUUUGGAAGGUGCUGAACUCAAAGUGAUUUUGUGUCCAAAAUUUCCCGCAGACCCAAAUAUGCUCAAAGAAAAAAGCAAUUAUGUGCUUGGGAAGUUUUUGUCCUCUGUACCACAGUUAAUAUAAUAAAAAAGAGACACAUUUGAA